GUACUUUUUGCUAGAGUUUCAUCUGUUUAUGCUCUACAACUUGAAACUCGAAAACGUAGACGAAUAGUACCAGCAACUAGCCUGACUACAGUUGCGAGUAUUUCUACCACAGAUUUUAAUCCACAUGCUACCAUUAAUCCGUAUGCUACUGUUAAUCC